UGCCAAUUUCUUUUGUUUUAUUUGGUACAAUUGACAUACUUAGUUUCAGUUUUUUGGGGUUGCUUUCUAAUGAAAUCUCCACUGAACAGUGAACACAUGUCACUGACCCAUUCUGCUACUCAAUAAACUACAAAAUAACAGAGAGUUUAUUAAAUUUCUUCUACAUCAAAACCGUUAGUAUUUCACUCAAUGUUUGUCUUCGAAUUUUCUUAAAAAUAGCUCGGUGUGGGCUUGGGUUAAAUUCACUACCAAGUGUCUGUUUCUAGUGCCAUUGCAUACUGAAAAUGAAUAUCUAGACUUGCCACAAGUCGACCGCGAAAGAGAGCGAGCGAGCGAAAGCGAGGGAUGAAGUCCCAAGACGAGCGACGAAGUCGCGAUUUAUCUAAUCUAGGGGAAACGGGCUUUGAGAAAGUCUAAUAAAUACCAUAUAUAUCGAAGACAUUGUUCCUUUAUUUAAAACUGAAAAAGGCCAUUAGCACUUAACGGCAAACAUGAAAUACACAAAAGCAAUAACUAAGCAAAUUUCACACUGACGAAUGAUCUUUCGAGUGCAACACUUAUCCUGUCAAAUUAAUUCUGACAAAUUAGUUCGCUUUGAACUUUCCGACCGACUUUGUCGAAAAUGAAAAUUUUAUCGACGUUGGUGUUGUUGUUGUUUUUCACGAUUUAACAGACAAAACCAAUAGUUUACAGUAGCCAGACCACAAUAUUAAAAUUUCAUUGAUGAUUUCCUGCCAACUUGGUCUUCGUUCAACGAAAAAAACUAGAAAUAACUUAUUUAAUAGAUGGGCACCAUAGUGGAGACCUAAAAGGAUAAUAGCAUUUACUGCCACUAUACUCAUAUAUAUGCGUGGUUCACGGAUGCUAUUAAGAAGCGCGAACCUGUGUGCGAAGACGACUAAAAGACAUCUUUUCUUUUUUCGAUAUAAUUACUGUUUACCUCAUUUGGACUUACGUUGUACAGUUUAACAUGUCGCUGUGGUUUUGGAUCGUCUGUUUGAUAACAGCUACCAUCGCAAUUGUUGGAAAUGCAACUGUAAUUUUCGUCGUGUUAACAAGAGAAGCGCUUCGAAGCACGGCGAACGUUUUCAUCUCGUCCUUGGCAGCUUCCGACCUGGGUGUUGGAUUUUGGACGGUUCCAAGUUCGUAUUUUGCAACGCAAUACAUGACAAACGAAAAGACUUUGGAAGGCUUUGACUUUCUCCAUUCUAUUUUCUUUACUGCUUCUGUGUUAAAUUUAUGUUUGAUGACAGUUGAUCGCUACAUCGCCAUCGCUUUUCCAUUCAAGUACCUAGCGGUUAUGACGCGAAAACGAGUAGUAUCUCUGGUGUCUUUCUCUUGGUUGCUCGCUAUUUUAACAAGUUUAAUUCCUUUGCUGUGGAUUAAAGGCGAGCAGGAAGAAGUUGAAAAAGCCAAUAGCGUGUUCUACCCAACCGUAUCUCUUAUCUUUGUUCUAUCUUCAUACGCAAUCCUUAUACCAGCGACAUUGCAUGUGUACCUUAUUACAAAACGGCAUUGUCAUCGCAUAAACGCUGUAAACCUUCAGCUUAAAUUUAACCACAGAAACCUUCAGAUCAGGUUCCGUUCUAUAGACAUCUCUUCAUCCAAGUUACUCAUCAUGGCUGCUAUUUUCUUUAUCUUUUGCUACUCGGCACAACUUUGGCAAGAAAUAUGCGACCUGUGUAAAAAUUGUUCGUCUUUUCCAGACCUUACAGUACUUUUACUGUUGCUGAACUCAGCCAUAAAUCCGUUUGUUUACGCUCUGCACAAGAGAGACAUCAAAAGAGAGUUUAAAAGUAUAUUGAAGCAUUGUUGCAGCUCUUAAUUAUUGUUAUCCACCUGCUGGUAAAUGUGGAUAAUAUUGCGUGUCUGCAAAGAGAAACAUGAAGUUUAUCUUUGGGUGACAAAGAUGCAAAUAAAGUGAAAUAUUUCUUUUGCUAUGAGAUAAGGAUGACUGAAUAUUUUUAAGCAUUGUUGCAACUCUUAGUUAUUGUUGUUUACCUGCUGGUAAACAUAGAGAAUAUUACAUGUCUGCGAAGAAAUAUGAAGUUUAUCUUUGGGUGACAUCAUCGCAAAUAAAGUGAAAUGUUUUUUUUUUUUUCUAUGAGAUAAGGAUGACUUAAUUUAAAGCCUAAGUUUAACGAUUUAUGUAUAUUUUUAUAACAUUUUCUUUAAUUAGCCGUCCUCGACUGCAAAAUUGUUCCCGGGAAUCAUCGAUUUGCCAUGACACUAGAGUACAAAGAGUACCGACGUGGUCGAAAAAAAGAUAUGAAAUAAUUGCCCUUUUUGAUGAAGACUGGACUUCAAGCAUUUAUUACUUUUCCUUAAAGAGCGUCAAAGCGAGAAAAGAAAAGGAAAAGAAAAGAAAAACAAGAAAAACUAAGUUUUUCACUCCUACUCCGACAAUCUCAAUUUCGUCUCCAGGACCUU